AUGCACGUAAUUUCUACAUCUCGGAUUUCCGCUAGUCAUUGUAUAAAGUUGUUUCGGUUCGCUUCUACAAAUGCUAUUAAUAAUCAAACCUACUGCCGUGAAUUGGUGAAAAAAGCAGACUACUUUAAUUACCUCUGUUGCUUACCACUUCCUCAACCACAGCAGCGCUUCGCCUUUGCCCUUCGCGCGUUUAAUGUCGAAGUCUCCUUGAUUCGUGAUCGCGCUCCAACCCCUCAAACGGCUAAUCUGCGUUUCCAGUAUUGGGAGGACUCGAUCAAAUCGCUUUUCAAUGCUGGCAAUGAUAAACUCACCAGUGAAGUUGUUCAUCGGUCACCCAUUGAAUCUGAGCUAAGUUGGUCUGUUAAUAAGUUCACCGGUUGCAUCUCCCGACAUUGGCUUUUGCGUAUUUUGAUGGCUCGGCGUGAGCGGGUUGGAGAUGUUGCAUUUCAAAGUUGCGAUGAGUUAGAGGAAUAUGCCGAUUCAACUAACGCCCCUCUCCACUAUGCUUUAGCAGAGGCUCUCGGCCACAAAUCACUUGCCGUGGAUCACGCUUUAUCACAUUUAGCGAAGGCUCAAGGCAUUAUAACGCAUUUAAGAAGUGUUGUACUUUUUGCCAGCCGAUACCGAAAUGUCAUUUUGCCAACGGAUUUACUGGUUAAGCACAACCUUCCUACUGAAGUAGCCCUGCGGUUAUGCCGCAAUAACCAGCAGUUUGAUAGCGCAUCCUUAGAUUCAUCUUCUGUUGAACGACUUCGUGAUGUCUCGCAGGCCCUAGCGACUCGAGCUCGAUAUCACACAAUCAAAGCUCUUUCUCUUCCCCCAAUGAAAUCGAAGGAGACUUCAUCGCUUACGCUGCUACUUUUGCCUUCAAUUCCAGUGUGUCGAUUGCUUAGGGUAUUCGCCGAUCCCUGCAAUUUUGAUCCACGUCAUCCUAAGUGGCUUCAGCCGCAAUUAGAGAAAGGUCUUAUGCCAUUAAGAAUUGCUUGGUAUUCUGCUUUAAAGUCCACACCAAAACCACCUUGA